UCGACAAUGACGAAUAUGAACGGCUGGUGACGUCAGAGCUUCCGAAGUUUCGGAUGAAGUCAUUGUUUUUCAUCAAGGUGACAUGAAGAGAUUCGAACAGCUGAAGAUGCCGGUCAGUGUGUCCACUCAUCAGGACAGUGACCGACAUGAACAUUAAAGGCUGUGAUAUGAUGGUUUCUCCGUCCAGUAUGACCCCGUCGGUACCUCACCUGAGAGUCCACACGGGUCACACCACCUCACCAGCACACCCUGUGGCCCUUGACCCGGGCACUGGAGCCGAUACGGGCGGAACGACACCUGGAAACUCUGUCCUUCUCCCUACCCUGAGUCUGCGCAGACAGGUGCUGACCAAUGGGAAGCAGCGUGGAAUGAUGAGCUUUCCGCAGUCGUCACGGCAACAAGCUCCAUCCCUGCCAUUCCCAACAUCCUGCUCCAAACAGUCCAUCCGAUCCAGCUUUCCGGACAAUGGAUACUUGUCUUUGGGGCCGAAUAGAAAAGCGUUUGGCUCGUGUGGCAGUUCAAACCUGCAGGUGACGAGCAGCGCUAUGCUGGUCCAGAGUUUAAAUCCGGUUUCUCCAGCUGUCCAACAGAACCCAAACGCUCCAACGCAUUCGUUGGGCCUCAUUGUUCCCGUCACGGAUGGCAGGUCUUUGCUGUCCAGAGAGUCUUUAGCUUCCACCACCCUCAGCAUUGCUGAGACGCAGUCGAUACGCAGCAGUAAGUUGGACUGGCCCUACGGUUACCGUGUUUUACCACCGCUGGGGCUUCAGCCAGUGUCCAGUCAGACUUCAGAAGCAGUUGAUCCCAAUCUAGUUCCUGGGACCUCCAUGUCUGAAGCCACCAGUAUCUCCAACCCCACGUCUCUCCCCCACUAUCUCUUCAAAGACGACUCGGGCAGUCCACGUCUCUCAGCGCGUUCCAAAAAGAGAGCCCUGUCCUCGUCUCCUCUCUCUGAUGGCAUCGGCCUCGACCUCAACUCCAUCAUCAGAACCUCGCCCACAUCACUGGUGGCGUAUAUCAUUGGUUCUCGCACCUCGCCGGCCUCGCACCUCACGCCGUCACCGCUGCAGUCGGACGUUUGCGGGCACCUACUGGGCAUCAGAGGAAGCUGCAUCCCUCAUCCCAACCCUGGCAAACACGUUCCCAAAGACGUCCAGACAGUGAGCGGAGCUUGCCAACUUGAUAGUGAGAACUUCCGUAUGCAGCAGUUAGAGGCGGUGGCCACUGUAGAAGACCAAUUCACUAAUUUAAUGGUGGAGCACCAGCUUUUGCCCGGACAGGAGAUCCAAACUGCGACAACCAGUGCCUCCAACAGCUUGUCGCCCUCAAAACAGCUGCAGUUUGAACUGGCCGCCAUCAUCCAGACACCCAGCCCGCCCAGGGGUCCACCUCCACCGUAUCACGCCCAUCAACAUGUGCGAAGGUCUUACGGCGAGCUCCUGUCUCACGUUCAGAGCCCUGCAGUCUCUCAGGUCCCUUCAGACAGCAUCAAGGUCCUUCCUUCAACUCUCUGCCCAAUGCUUGAGGAAGAUGAAGGCGAGGCAGAUGAUUUUAACAGUGGCCAUUGCUGCCGUUGGCUCGAUUGUGCCACCGUUUACGGCCAGCGAGACGAGCUCGUCAAGCACAUUGAGAAGAUUCACAUUGAUCAGCACAAGGGCGAGGACUUCACCUGUUUCUGGGCCGGAUGUCCACGUAAACAUAAGCCUUUCAACGCUCGAUACAAACUCCUCAUUCACAUGAGGGUGCACUCCGGGGAGAAACCCAACAAAUGCUCGUUUGAGGGUUGUCUGAAGGCGUUCUCACGACUCGAGAACCUUAAAAUCCACCUGAGGAGCCACACGGGUGAGAAACCGUACGUGUGUCAACAUCCGAACUGUCAGAAAGCCUUCAGCAACUCCAGCGAUCGCGCCAAACACCAGCGCACGCACGUCGACACGAAACCAUACGCAUGUCAGAUCCAGGGCUGCACCAAACGCUACACAGACCCCAGCUCGCUGCGCAAACACGUCAAGUCACAUUCCUUCAAGGAACAACAAGUCCGAAAAAAGUUGAGACGCAGUACUGAGAUCAGUCAGGACGGACUCACUGAAUGUUUGACAGUUCAGCCACUGCAGCAUAACCUCUCUCCACUGGACCUGAUUGAGACCAAGUGUCAGUCACCCACUGAUGAUAUGUACACAGGUGUAUUUACAUUAAACCAGUCCAGCCAAACAUCUAACCUGCACAGUCCGAUGCAGAUCACAGCUGGUCCACAGAACCAUCAGAACCUGCUCUCUCCAAACGGACUCCGAAUGCCGUUCCCUACCUUACUGCAGAAUAACAACAGGUUUAGUGUUCCAGUGUCGCAUCAUGUGACAUCCGGCCCCACACCGCUGCUGCCCGCUUCAGUUCCUCUGUCAUCGCACCACACGGUGACCCAGAACACCCGCAAACUACCCAGAUACUCCAACCAUCCCAGAUCACCUCACCCGGCUAUUCACGACUGUUUCUCUGGUGAUGCUCAGAGUGUGUUCUCAUACAGCGACUCACCACAUGCUGCCAAGCACAUCACUUCCUUUUCCAUGAUGCAGAUGAACAUGUUUGAGGACAAUCUGGGUUCUUCCGACUCAUCUCAGCAGAAUCUUGAACCGGUGCACAGAACUCUGUCAGGCGUCUCUGCAGUGUUUGAUUGCCCGGCCGGAACCGAGGAGUUUUUGGAAGAGCAGGUGCCUUCAGUGUCCGAGGACAAUUAUCUUCACAUCCGCGAUGUGGAGAGAUGCUCAAGCCAGAUCUCAUGUGUUUAUACUGAAGGGUGAAUGUCACUUGAGUUGUGUAAAUCAUUGAGGUAGAAUUAGGUAGAAUUCUCCUCUUGUCGGCCCAGUCUUUUGGAGAAAUUUGCCCCAAAAAGUAUUAGGACACUUAAAGGAAUAGUUCACCUAAUAAUAAUAAUUCUCUCAACAUUACUCACCCUAAUGCCAUCUCAAACUCGUAUGACUUUCUUUACUCUGCGGAACACAAACAAAGAUAUUGUGGUGGAUAUAUUGAUGUUUUUUUUAUCAGUACAAUGCAAGUCAAUGGGGUCCAACACUUUCAAGCUCCAAAAAGGUAAUCCGUACGACUCCAGUGGUUUAAUCCAUGUCUUCUGAAGCAUGUACAGCACUCUGCGUUAAACACUAGGAAGUGUUAUGAAGCUUCAAAUCAUGAUUGCGCCAAGAAGACUGCAAAUGUCAAGAUUUAUAGUGAAAAAGGAGUUAUAUUUUGGUCUGUUUCUCACCCAAAACCGAUCAUAUUGCUUCAGAAGACAUGGAUUAAACCACUGGACUUGAAUGGAUAACCUUUAUGCUGCCUUGUAUGUCCUUUUUGGAGCUUGAAAGUGUUGGACCCAUUGACUUGCAUUGUACUGACAAAAAGCACAUCAAUAUAUCCAUCACAAAAUCUUUGUUUGUGUUUUGGGUGAACGGUUUCCUUUGUCACUAAAAAUGUGUGAAUUUGGAUAUAACUAUUGUUUUAUGUUUUCAAACCUAACAAAUGUGUUUUUAUCAAAUGUUUUGCUUUAAAAAUGAUAGCUCUGCUUACUCAAAAUUGCUACCUUUCUUUUUAAUGAAUAACACUUGCUUUUACAUAUUAUUAAAUGCAUUUUUAAGUGUGACUUAAAGUAUCAAAGUACAUUUGAGGGUCAUUGUAUGUAAAUAGUCCAAGUAUAAGCAAAACAUUUCAAAACACUGACAAUCAAAUGCACUUAUCUCAAAUUAAAGCCAUUCUGAUAGGCUAUGUAAAUAUGUAUACAUAAAGCAUAUGUUUUCAGUUUUAUUUACUCAAAUAAACUAUAAACAUGAGUUGUUAUAGAGGUUUACAUGCUGCAUCCUUGUCUGGCUUAUGCAUGGAAACACUCUCCAUUGCUGAUUAUUGAAAGUAGUAAUUGUUUAUUGUAUUUAUGUUAAAUUUGUGUUUUUUUAUUCUUUCUAUACCCAUCCAUAAAGCAGAAUGUAUGCUACUAAAAUAUCAUAAUAAAGCCUUUUACUUUAAUGCUUUUAGCCAUGUUAAAAUCUAGAGCAAGCUAUCUGGACCUUUAUUUUCUUUGCAUUACAUGCACAUUUAAAAGUUGUUUAUUGUUUUAGCUUUUGCACUGAAACACACAGUCUUUGUGGUAAAAAGUAAAUCAAGUAAAGUGGUUUCAAUGAGGGGUUUUAAAUCUCACCUGGCUCCGUUUAUUCAGCAGAUGUGGUCAGAAUGAAACAAAGUUGACUUUAAUUUUAAUUUUAUUUACUUUAGAAACACAUGCAAACAUGCAUUAUAAAGUCCCAUCCAUACAGGCCAAAAAAUAAUAAUAAAAAU